CGAUCGAUCCCUCUCCCCGGCCGCGCUAUAAAACUCCACACGGCCCAGCCCCUCAAACUACACCCCAUCCAUCCAUCUACAGCGUUAAUUAUUCAAUCACACCCUAGCUUGUGAUUGUGUGCAAGCUCUCUCUCGAUCGAUCAGUUUGCUACCUAGUUCAAAUCGAGCAGUUGCCGGCGCCGGAGAAGAGAAAGUAAGAAGAAGGAAGUCAAGAUAUAUAUAUAUAUACAGUCGAUCAAUAUAAGAUGAUCGGGUGGGGGGACGUGUACAAGGUGGUGGCGGCGACGGCGCCGCUCUACUUCGCGCUGCUCCUGGGCUACGGGUCCGUCCGGUGGUGGCGGAUCUUCACCCGGGAGCAGUGCGACGCCGUGAACCGGCUCGUCGCCUUCUUCGCGCUGCCCUUCUUCACCUUCGAGUUCACGCUCCACACGGACCCGUUCCAGGUCAACUACCGCGCCGUCGCCGCCGACGUCGUCUCCAAGGCCGUCAUCGUCGCCGCCAUCGCCGUCUGGGCCAGGUUCCACAGAGGCGUCGACGGCGCAGGCGCGUGGGCCAUCACCAGCUUCUCGCUGUCCACGCUGACCAACUCGCUGGUGGUGGGGGUGCCCAUGGCCAGGGCCAUGUACGGCGAGUGGGCGCAGCAGCUCGUCGUGCAGCUCUCCGUGUUCCAGGCCAUUGUUUGGCUCACCUUGCUGCUCUUCGUGCUCGAGGUCAGGAAGGCCGCCAUCGGCAUGUAUAUAGUGCCUGCCGAGUCGGCUUCGUCGCCGGAGGCGGUGAUCAAGGGCGGUGGCGUCGAUGUCGAGGCGGCGAACGGUGAGGCGGCGGCGGCAGUGGUCGGCGUGGGGAGGCCGACGGUGUGGAGGCUGUUUAAGACGGUGGCGCACAAGCUGGCGCUCAAUCCAAACACCUAUGCCAGCUUCGUGGGUAUUACGUGGGCUUGCGUCGCAAACAGGCUACACAUCGAGUUGCCAAGUGUCUUGGAGGGCUCGGUGCUCAUCAUGUCCAAGUCAGGCACAGGGAUGGCCAUGUUCAGCAUGGGGCUGUUCAUGGCGCAGCAGGAGAAGAUCCUGGCGUGCGGGCCGAGCCUUGCGGCGCUGGGCCUGGCCCUCAAGUUCGCCCUUGGCCCAGCCGCCAUGGCCGUCGGCUCCAUCGCCGUUGGCCUCCGCGGCGACGUCCUCCGCGUCGCCAUCAUACAGGCUGCACUACCUCAAUCCAUCACAUCAUUCAUAUUUGCAAAAGAAUAUGGGCUGCAUGCCGACGUCCUUAGUACUGCCGUGAUUUUUGGGAUGCUUUUCUCCCUGCCAUUGCUAGUCGGAUUUUAUAUAGUAUUGGAGAUAAUAAGAUAGCCGCAGCCCGUUGGACACAUCAGGACAAUAUAGUUUUCCCUCGAAGCUAGCCAAACGUUGACAACAGAUGUUGAGAGAGAUCUCAUGUCUACAUUCCUCAUGCUAUACAACUGCAGCGGGAAUUAUUUGAGUGCUAUAGAAACUUUUGGCACAUUAUGUAACAGGAGUGUGUUACAACAAUACUCGAUUUUGAAUCUGAUAUAUCUAACCCAGUUACUUAAGCAGUGGUAACAGGUUAAGACAGUAAUUAUGAAAGAUCAUAUCAAA